CGCACGCCCUUGGGUUAGUGGAAUGGAGGAGUUGGAUUGGGACGAAGCGCUUCUGCUGCCAAACGAAGUCCAGGAUUUUCUAGAUGCGUACUUGGAAGGCAAAGUUUCACUCCCUGUAGAUGAUGAUUAUGGCGUGCCUGUCUACAUGAAGGUACCGAGUAUGCUGCUGUUCCGGAUAGGUCAGUCGGAGCAUUCCUGCUGUGCCCAGCUGAAAGAGCAGCUCGAGAACGCCGAAAGUCUAGGCCGUCGAUGCAUGAUCGUUUCUGGUGUCUCAGGAUGCGGGAAAACAAGGUCAUUGUAUGAUCUUUUCUGUGAAAGAGAUGGAUUUUAUUUCGUCGUCACUGCCCUCAACGGGGGGUCUCAGGAUCUCGAAUUCUCAAUCAGGAUGUUGGAGAGCUUUCUGAUUCGUGCCCAUCGCAAUCCUGAAGGUGAGAGCCUUAUGGAGUUGGCCCUCAACCAGACCGUCGCCAGAGUGUUCGUGACGCUGUUACUGGCCUGCAGAAUGAAGAUUUAUCUCUACUGCAAGAGCAAGAAUAUCACGUCGCGUCAGUGGCUGCUCUUGCAAGCCGCAUGCAGGGGUUUAGCACAGCAAGACGGCGUUGCUCUACUGCGCGAUCCUUUUUGCGAGUUCUUCAGGGGUGCGGUGACGAAGUUAUGUGGUUUAUCGCGGAACCAGAUAGGGUCUCAGCUGGAGCCACUGUUACACCAACUCAACUCUCCGGUGCCCAUACCAACGAUUGCUCUUGACGAAGCCCAAGAAGCGAUGAAAUUGUUUGAGGAUGGCUACUUUUGGUCGACUUCGAGGGGUGGGUACGUGCCUUUUGCGAACUGCCUGGAAAAUCACUGCAGAGUGGAUACAGCUCUGAAGCACGUAGUCAUAGUCUCAGGCACAGGGUACACAUUGUACUUCAAGCAGGAUCUUCUCUGCACUGGUAUUGGUAAGCUUAUAGCGGAUACCGACUUUGUGAACUUCGGUAUCUGGGAGAAUGCUAAGGAGAUGGUUAACUACGCUGAACAGGCUAUAGCACUAACAGAAGACGAUGAAGCGGACUUGCGGACCCUGUACAAAGUCUUUAAAGGAAGGUUUCGACCACUGGCGUGUGUUUUGGAAAUCAUGAUCCUAAAGGACUUGAGCCUGCGGGAGGCAGCAGCUUAUGUCACAGUGGGAUUGACAACAAAGCGGAGUCAGCCAGAGACGAAGAAAACUUCCUACGGGGCGGUGUCGAAGUUGGCAGAGAAACAGGCCAUUGUCCAUGGAGUGAAUCUCAUUCAGGAACUUGAGGCGGCUGUAGUGCAGUAUUUCGGUGCUGGAAGGGGUUACGUUUUCAGGGACAACGAGGACAUAUGUGUGGCACUGGUUGAGGCUGGUCUGGGAUGGUUGGAGCGGACAGCUGCGGGGUGCAUUGUUCAUGUGGACGAGUACUUGGUUCUUGCAGCAGCUAGAAAUUAUUUUCAAGAUCAACACCAGGCAAAGGGAUUCCUCCCGAGUAGUUACCUGCCAUCAAAGUGGCUGCGACUAACGGCUGCUGUGCCUUAUCCGUCAGGCCAGGGGUUGUGCUUGCAGAACUUCUUAGCUCUAUCGUUUGAGAGCAUGUGGGAGAAGUUCGGUGGUAAAAUGGCAGACAUGCCACUUCUCAGACCACUGCUGCAGGCAAGCGGCUGCCCUCAAGGGUUUCAAGAGUUGGCCGCUAGGAAAGGUGAAGUUGUGAAAGGCUUGAUCGAUGCAUUUGUUUCUGCCGACGGCUACGAUCCAGAAGUCUUUCUUGUGGACUUGGAAAGGGAUGAUCCACUCUGCACGACAUGGAUCUCAGGAGACAACACUGCCGGUGCUGAUGCUGUGCGAGGCAUUCGCUACAAAUUCAAUGAAGGGAAUGGAGACACAGAGGUGUACGUGAUGCACGUCUUGGAGCAGCACAAGUUUCCUAAGAAUGCACUGAGCUCGACCAAUACCGGUUUUCCUGAGGAUACAGAAGCAUACAAGUUGCUCUCGAGCAUUCAGUUAAAGCUCUUGGUAAUGCCGCCGCAGUUGAAGGGAGAUCAAUGUCGCUAUUUCUGGGAGAUGCAUGCGGGAGGGAAAAAAUCAGGCUUCGUCGUCUUGGAUGCAGAGAAUGCUGCAGACCUGUUUGGUGAUGAAUCUGCUCUCGAAUUCUUGAGGAGGAUGAAGUUCGGCCCCAGUGCCCUGCAGGCUGAAGCUCACGAGCGGAAGCGGAACUUGCCACCACCACGCGUAAAGCGGUCCAAACGGUCGAAGUUUGCCCAAAGGUGUGACUUCGUCUCAGGGUGAGAGCAGGACUAUACUGUGUAUGAUCUAAGAUGAUUGUGACCCAAGUGCUGAUCCUGUGGUGAGAAUUGUGAAAAGCUUUUGGAAGAGACUUAUAGAACUUGUAUCUUGAAGUUCUAAGUUUCUUAUUAUAAUUGUGUUUUAUAUGUGAAA